UAUUACCAGCAAGGUGCAAGGUGCAUGGGGACGGGGCAAUGCGAUGUGAAUAUGUCACGGGCGUUAGGUGACUAUCAAGACAAAAGAGGUAAACCGGUGUCGGAACCGAUCGAACCGAAACGACGGGCAUUGGGCAUUAUUGCAGAUUGCAAAGAUAAGUCCCGCCCUUUCUGUACCAUCAUGGUACCACGUGAUCCCAUGCCCACAGCCAUCAGUUGCACCAACUACUGCAGAAAAGUCAAAAAAAUGAAAAGGACACUAAAGACUUUAGACCUUUGUCCUAAGCCAGACAAAACAAAAAUCAAAAACUGCUAACCUUGGCGGGGCGGGGAAUACCCUUCGAGACUUUCCUCCUCAACCUCGAGGCUAGGCUACUAAACGUAGUUUUAAGUGUGAUUCCUUGUGGUGGGUUAAUCUUGUGGUGGUUUUGUGAGAUUUGACGAAGAGGAAGGAAAUGGCUUCCGGUGUACUACCAGUAGACUCCCUAAGUGGUGACCAGGAACUGGACUAUAGAGGACUAUGUGCUCACUGUGAGAAGAAAGCAAAACAAGACUGUGCAAAGUGUGGAAAAUAUUUUUGCUCAAAAGAACAUUGGAAAGUUCAUCAAAAACCGUGUUCCAAAAAAUACAAAAAACUUUUAAGUGAGUCAUCUAAGUCGAAAGAAUACUAUAAGCUAUUAAAAGAGUCUUCGAAGCCAACUGUAAUGGUAGCAUCUAAAAACAUACCUUGUGGUACAGAAAUUUUUCAAUCUCAGGCUAUAAGUGUUGGUCCGAAUGGAUCACAACCUGUGUGUCUUGGAUGCCUUCGUCCUAUUAUAUAUGAUGUAAUGUCGUAUUUGUGUGAGGGCUGUGGAUGGCCUUUAUGUGGAGUAGAUUGCGAGAAUUCGGAACUGCAUCAACUGGAAUGCCAAGCUAUGCAGAAUGGAGGCUAUCGCUUUAAUGCUGAGAGUCUAAGGAAUGACUGGCGAACCAUCUCCGUUAAGUCAGGUGCAUGGAUUAUUGUCCUCCGUGUUCUUCUCUCUGGAAAAUCAGAAGAGCUAUUGAAUUUUUUUAAAAAGGAAGGUGUGAAUGACUUUGAGAAGACCGAUCAGACAUUAUUGUUGACUGUACAUUUGAUAAGAAAUGAGUUGAAGCUUUCGCAAUUUAAACCAGAAGAUAUAAUGCAACUAGGUUCUAUUGUGAAAUCAAAUCUGUGGAGUAUCGCUAUGCUGCAAGAUGGUGUCCACAUUUCAGUGCCAAGAGUGGGUGCCGGAUUUCAUGCUUCUGACUUAAUUUAUGCGCAACAUUCGUGCAACCCAAAUGUAGAAUAUAUAUAUCACAUGCAAAAUCCAGCUGAUCUCAUACUUUGUGCAUCUACGGAUAUAAAGGCUGGACAAAUACUCAGUGCAUACAGAGAAAAUAGUAUACCUUGUAUAACUUCAACAUACUCAAGACAACUCUUUCGAAAUAUGAGGGGAAAAGGACCUUGUAAAUGUCAGAGAUGCUUUGACCCCUCAGAAAUGGGACUAUACUUGUCAUCAUUGCUUUGCAACAAUUGUAAAGGUAUGGUGGUUCCCAUGGAUACUGCAAAUAUUCUUCAAACAGAUUGGAUCUGCAAGGCUUGCAAAUUAGUAAUGAAAGGAGAAGAAUUUUUUAAUAUAACAGUAGGUUUAUUCAACAAGCUAGCCAUUGCUGUUGCUUCUGAUAAGAAAGAUAAAAUAACUAAUAUUGAGCAGUUCAUUCAAAACCACUCUGGACCUAGUGGUGUACUUCAUGGAAAUCAUGAAAUGAUCCUACAGGCAAAGCGAUGUUAUUGUGUAGCCAUUCAAGAUUUAGUAAUUAAGAAAGACAGGUUUCUCAAACUUGAUUCCAGAGAACUUUCCAAUUUCAGUCAAUAUGUUAGGGAUUUUCAAAAAUUCCACUAUUGUCUGAACCAAAAAGUUAUUUAUGAGACCUUUGCGCUAAAUCUUAUUUUCCUAAAAAAUGCUCUGUUUCAAUUGUCUCAUGGGAAAAUAACCAAAGAGCAAGCUAUAGCUCAAAUGAAUGGUGCUAAAAAGUGGAACGGAUUUUAUGGCUACAAUUAUGAUAUUACAUCUUCAAAUGCCACUGUUUGUAUCUGCAGUAGGCAGAUCAUGGGCUCAGCUUCAACAGAAUACGUGUUGCUGUACAAUAGACUUUUAAACUUCUAAAAGUAAUAACAAUUUGACUGCAUUCAUUGUUUUAAAAAAUUGUAUAUAGUUCUGCUUUAAAAGCAUCUUAAGUUUAUUAGUAUACAAAGGUUGCGAAAGGUUUUACAAAACCAUGUGUGAUCAUAAUUAUAUAGUUUUUCUCCCUCAUGUUCGUCCCUCUGUUUGUCAGAUUUGCAGUUAACAUUUUCAAUUGUCAACUUUUUAUAAAUGUCUCCCUUUGAAACAAAA